UGCUAAGCUACAGGAACUUCGCCACUCCCCAGCAGGCGCUGGAUCUGCUUUUCCUCAGAUACAGAAGCAUCAUUUCGGAUUAUCAUGGGGAUGGCGGACCCCUGGAGCAGCUAAAAUGCGCCAUGUCCUCCAUCCUAAAGAUCUGGCUGGAAUUCUAUUCCAUUGAUUUCCACGAGCCUCCUGAAUUUCCUUCUUUGAAGUUUCUGUUGGCCUAUAUACACGUCAAUCUGCCAGGUUCAGAGGUGGAGCUCAAGGCUGAUCUUCUGGCCCAGCUGGAGAAACUGGAGCACCUGGAGCCCAGUGAGGCGGAGACUGAGUGUGAGGAGGAAGAGGUUCCAGCUUCUGCCCAGGCUGAACAACUGUCCCAAGAGCUAAAGACAUCUUCAGCUCCAGCGCCAGCUCGACCUCCACUGCCAGAGCCAGAGCCUGAGCAAGAUCCGGAGCCCAAGCCAGAGCAAGAGCAAGAUUUAGAGCCAGAACAAGAGCCAGAGCCUGACUCAGAGCAAGAGCCAGAGCCCAAGCCAGAGGAAGAUCAAGAGCAGGAGCAAGAUCCAGAGGAAGAGAAAGAGUCAGAGCCAGAGCCAGAGCCAGAGCCAGAGCCAGAGCCAGAGUACGAGCAAGAUCCUGAGCCUCUAACCACGUGUGGCUAGUGAGCAAAUGAAAUGUGACUAGCCUGAACUGAGAUGUGCCAUUAACUAUAGAAUACAUACCAAAUUUCUCAGAUUUUUUUUUUUUUGACCAAACCCCCGGCACGGUGUGGUCUGCACCACGCUCAGCCAGUGAGCGCACCGGCCAUCCCUAUAUAGGAUCCGAACCCGUGGCCUCGGCACUACCAGCGCCACACUCUCCCAAGUGAGCCACGGGGCCAGCCCUAAAUUUCUAACAUUUUACAUGAUAAAAAGAAUGUAAAAUAUCUCACUAACCUUUUUGUUUGGCAUUAAU